AUGGGGACUGAAAAUCCUAAACAUCCAACUUACCCGUUAAGACCAGGUGCCACACCGUUUUCUGCUCCACAAAGUGCGACACCUUUUGUAUCAUCUGGUCCUGUGGUUGGGCCAGAAGCAUCUGCUUUCAGGGCUGCCCCUCCUGCUUCGUCUCAGUUUCCAACACCUCCCUUCUCGUCUGGGCCUUCGGUCGGAUCAGAUGCCUCUGGUCCAGGAUAUAGACCUCCACCACCAGGUAGGUCUAAUGAAAUAGUUAGGCCACCUCCACAACCACAGCCAUAUUUGUCAAAUGGCCCACCAGUGGCAGAACCUUUCCAGUAUUUCCCGUCCCCACAAUUUACCUCAACAGGUCAAGUACUGCCUCCACACACAUUUGGGCAGCCAGCUGUACCUCCACCAACUAGACCUCCUGCAGGUACCAUUUCAUCUCCUCCCGUUUCUCUUCAACCAUAUCAGCAGCCUGCUCCAAUAUCCAUGGGAUCUCCUUCUCAGAGCAUAAAAACUGGGCAAUCAAGCACGAGUUUUCCUCCAUCUGCUGAUCAACCCUUCUCUCCUCCCAGACCAAAUGUUCAAUCAUCUUCACUACCAAUGGGGCCAUCUUAUCCCACUGCCAGAGGCAAUUUCCAACCAGCCUUUCCUGGAUAUGCUAGUAUACAACCUAGUAGUGUCACUCAAGUUCCUGUGCAGUCUGAUUCAUUUGCAUCAAAGCGAGGAGGCUAUGGUCCACCUGCACCACCGGCACCUUUUCUGGCUCAACAAAGAGGUUAUGUGCCUGGUCCACCAAUUUCAGCUCCAACGGGCCUCUAUUCAAGGGACCAAAUGCAACACCAUGGAAUUGCACCUCCCAUUGCUACGUCACAGGGAUUGGCCGAGGACUUCAAUUCACUCUCGCUUGGGUCUGUACCAGGAUCUUUUAAUACAGGACUUGAUCCUGCAGCCUUGCCGAGGCCAUUGGAGGGUGAUGUGGAACCAAAGUCUUUUGCUGAGAUGUAUCCCAUGAAUUGUAGUUCUAGAUAUCUACGACUAACGACAAGCGGUAUACCAAAUUCACAGUCAUUGGCAUCAAGGUGGCAUUUGCCUCUUGGAGCAGUAGUUUGCCCUCUGGCAGAAGCGCCUACCGGGGAAGAAGUUCCAAUUGUUAAUUUUGCUACAACUGGCAUCAUUCGUUGUAGAAGAUGCCGCACUUAUGUCAAUCCAUACGUCACUUUUGCAGACCAUGGAAGAAAGUGGAGGUGCAACAUAUGUUCAUUGCUCAAUGAUGUUCCUGGUGACUAUUUUGCACAUUUGGAUGCUAGUGGCAGAAGAGUUGAUUUGGAUCAACGUCCUGAGCUUACAAAGGGUAGUGUUGAGUUUAUUGCUCCAGCUGAAUACAUGAGCCGCCCUCCAAUGCCACCAUUGUACUUUUUCCUCAUCGAUGCAUCAAUAUCUGCAGUUAAAAGUGGAAUGCUUGAGGUAGUAGCACAAACUAUUAAAUCUUGUUUAGACAGUUUACCGGGUUAUCCCCGAACACAAAUUGGCUUCAUAACUUUUGACAGCACAAUACAUUUCUAUAAUAUGAAGUCAUCUUUAGUGCAGCCUCAGAUGAUGGUCGUAACAGACUUAGAUGACAUAUUUAUUCCGUUGCCAGAUGAUCUUCUCGUCAACUUGUCAGAAUCUAGACCUGUGGUGGAUGCAUUCCUUGAUAGCCUGCCCUCCAUGUUUGAGGGCAACAUGAAUGUGGAAUCAGCAUUUGGUCCAGCUCUUAAAGCGGCAUUCAUGGUUAUGAGUCAACUUGGUGGUAAACUGUUGAUUUUCCAAAAUACACUGCCAUCACUGGGUGCGGGCCGUCUGAGGCUACGUGGCGAUGAUAAUCGUGUUUAUGGAACAGACAAGGAGCAUGCAUUAAGAGUACCAGAAGAUCCGUUUUAUAAACAGAUGGCUGCUGAUUUUACGAAGUAUCAGAUAGCUGUAAAUGUAUAUGCAUUCAGUGACAAGUACACAGAUUUAGCAUCCCUAGGAACACUCGCAAAAUAUACUGGUGGUCAGGUUUAUCAUUAUCCUAGUUUCCAUUCUACCAUUCAUGGAGAUAAGUUGAGACAUGAGUUAACCAGAGAUCUUACAAGAGAGACUGCAUGGGAAGCUGUUAUGCGCAUAAGAUGUGGAAGAGGUGUUCGUUUUACAUCUUAUCAUGGAAAUUUUAUGCUAAGAUCCACGGACUUAAUAGCGCUUCCAGCUGUUGACUGUGAUAAAGCCUAUGCAGCACAGCUAUCUCUUGAAGAGACGCUACUGACAACACAAUCAGUGUAUUUUCAAGUUGCCUUACUAUAUACAUCAUCUUCUGGAGAAAGACGAAUCAGAGUGCAUACUGCAGAAACUCCAGUUGUUGCAGAUCUAGGAGAAAUGUAUCGUCUGGCUGAUACUGGGGCUAUUGUCUCUUUAUUUUCCAGGCUAGCAAUUGAAAAAACUUUGUCCUACAAACUGGAAGAAGCUCGGAAUGCCGUUCAACUUAGGAUUGUCAAAGCCCUCAGAGAAUAUCGAAAUCUUUAUGCUGUCCAGCAUCGUUUGGGUGGAAGGAUGAUAUACCCAGAAUCACUGAAAUUCUUACCCUUGUAUGGAUUAGCAUUAUGUAAAUCAACACCUCUCCGAGGUGGUUAUGCUGAUGCUCAGGUUGACGAACGCUGUGCAGCUGGCUAUACCAUGAUGGCUUUACCUGUGAAAAAUUUGCUGAAACUUCUCUAUCCCAGCCUGAUUCGUGUUGAUGACCAUCUUUUAAAAGCACCUCCCCAGACUGAUGACUUUGACAACAUUUUGAAGAAGAGGCUACCACUUACUGCAGAGAGCUUAGAUACCAGCGGCCUUUACAUAUAUGAUGAUGGGUUCCGGUUUGUCAUAUGGCUUGGCAUGUCACUUUCGCCUGGUAUAGCCAGGAAUUUGCUGGGGGAAGAUUUUGCUGCAGACUACUCGAUGGUUACCCUUUCAGAGCAUGACAAUGAAAUGUCAAGAAAGCUAAUGAGGAUACUUAAAAAGUUUAGAGAGAGUGACCCAGCAUAUUAUCAACUAUGUCAUCUCUCCAACAAAAUGCAUAAUAAACUGGACGUAUUCUUUCCCUUUACCAGUUUCAUGGUCCUGAUGAUUCUAUCAACAGCUGCCAGCGCUAGUGUCAGUCGAUUAACAAGUUUGAAGCAGAUUUUAGCUGGCCAUCAAUUUCGAGAGGUUUUCUGGAUUUUAACUGGAAGGGAUUCAAUCAGGCUGUUGAUCCAAGGUGUGGGGGAUAAACUUUUGAGGUUGAAAUAA